AUGAGUUCGGCGCCUAAUUUGAAGCCUGGCCGCUUCAGAGCCGCGCACGCUAGUUUUCGGCUUCGGAUGCUACAAGAACAACACGCUCCCAUCGCGGAACCGGUAGGUUCGAAACGUCAUUUCAGUUCCAUACCUUUAUAUUUUAAUCACAACUUACAGUCAGCUUUGCACUGUAGUGCACAUUUCGUAUGUAAAGUGGCAACUUGCACAAUGUUGUAUAGUUAAUGUAAUCCUUGUAACGUCACGGUAUGUUGUGUGCAUGUAAUGGGCAAGGUUUUCCUCUUUUUGUGGCCAUAUAAUCCUCAGUCGCUAAUCCCGAAAUCUGUGGUCGAGAUUGGCUUUGGCCCUAUUACAAUUUGGGAAAGCGCUCCUCGGCACAUUGACCAUCGUUCUUGUCGUAUAUUGGCUCUCGGUAUGAAGGACAAGGACAAGAAGUUGCGCAAGUUCCAGUUCCACCAUGCCCCCAAGUCCGACCCGACCUCACCCGCCGCCGGCACCUCCAAGGAACCGCCACCAGCCCUGGACUUGAGCAAGGUGCUCAGUACGAGUAGGUACGUAAUUUGUUUUUGUGGCAAUUAUGGGGAAGACCUGCGAGAUCCACGAUCUGGGUGAAGACUUAACCCAAUAUAAAUAUAUGUUUUUUCACAUAAUUGCCAAGACAGGCAGGAUUAGAUACUUGUAAACGGAAGUCUUUGUGCCAAACCGUAUUGUACAUGUUGUAUUUAAGCAAGAAGAAGAAAGGGACCCCUCCGCACACUCCUACUAAGCUCGGCUUCGACUCCGACUCCAUCUUCAAGCCGCGCGUCAACCGAACUGCAAGUACCGGCAGCUACAAGCAGAAAAAGUACAGUACGCCGCUUAUGGAGGACACCAACCUCCAUAGUCCAGUCAAUGCGGGCGCUGGCACUCCGGUGGCACCAUGCGCUAGUCCAACGUCUGGUACUCCGGCUGGUCCACUUACUCCGAAAGCAUCAAGGGGAUCGUUGCGCGAAGCCGGCACUUCAUCGUCAGCAGCUCCAUUCGAGAAGCCCAAGAGCAAGUUCAAGAUGGCUCACGAGAGUUUCAGGAUACGAAUGUUCCAAGAACAAUAUGGCUUCGAACCUGUAAUUUGA